UUCCAUUUAUUUUUUGACGUUUGUUCAUAAAAACAAUAUUGGUCGGAAAAAAAAAUUAGUUUUAGCAACAUCCAACAUCACCAAGUUCUUGUGCCGGUUUUGGCAAAUAUAGUUCAUAAGGUUCAAAUAAAAACAGUUAAAUCAAGGCUAUGGUUAAUUUAGUGAGUUAUAAGUUUCAAGUUUUUACAGUUUUUACAGUAACAUGUAUAUUCUACAACCCGACAGAUAGUGAGGCAGUGAAAUUAACACAGCAGAACUUUGAUAAUAUAAUAGCCUCUAAUGAAUUAGUAUUUAUUAAUUUCUACGCCGAUUGGUGUAGGUUUAGUAGUAUUCUGAUGCCCAUUUUCGAUGAAGCUGCAACAGCUGUAGCCAAAGAAUACCCUGAAGCUGGUAAAGUUGUCAUGGGCAAAGUGGAUUGUGAUAAGGAGAGCUCAAUUGCAACAAGGUUUCACAUUACAAAAUAUCCAACAUUAAAACUGAUAAGAAAUGGACAACCAGCUAAAAAAGAGUACCGAGGCCAAAGAUCUGUUGAAGCAUUCACAGAAUAUAUAACCAAGCAACUAGAAGACCCCAUUAAGGAAUUUAAACAAUUAAAUGAGUUGAGUAAACUGGAAUCGAAUAAAAGGAUUAUUAUUGGAUAUUUUGAUAGAAGAGAUCAACCAGAGUACCAAAUGUUUAGACGAGUGGCGACAAAUUUGAAAGACGACUGCCAGUUCCACGUCGGUUUUGAAGAGGCCUCUAGAUCCAUGCAUCCCCCCGGCACUCCCAUAAUUGUGUUUAGGCCAGAUAAAGACAGAUCAACUGAUUUAGAUGAAACCUAUCCUGGUAGCUUAUCAAACUUUGAUGAAUUACAUAUUUGGACACAGGAAAAAUGUGUUCCAUUAAUUCGUGAAAUUACCUUUGAAAAUGCAGAAGAACUAACAGAGGAAGGUCUACCAUUUUUAAUCCUUUUCCACUCGCCUGAUGACAAGGAUAAUAUCAAAAAGUUCAAUGAACUUGUGAAAACUGAACUUUUAUCUGAAAAACAAUCCAUCAACUUUUUGACAGCAGAUGGUAAACAAUUCGCGCACCCCCUGCACCACUUGGGUAAAAGUCAUGCAGACCUACCUCUUAUCGCCAUCGAUAGCUUCAGGCACAUGUACCUGUUUCCUAAAUUCGAAGAUAUGGAAAUACCUGGAAAGCUCAAGCAGUUCAUCCAAGAUCUUUAUUCAGGAAAAUUACAUCGAGAAUUCCACUAUGGCCCAGACACAGACAGCGAAACCGAAGGACAGCCCACCAAGCCACCAGAGAGCACAUUCAGAAAAUUAGCGCCCUCGAAAAACCGCUACACUUUAUUAAGAGACGAACUGUAGAUAGGUAGUUAAAUUCAUUUUCGCAAUGACAGUUUUUUUAAAUUAAUUGUUUAUGUACGGGUGCUGCGAUUUGGCGUGUUUUUUUUUUACAGGAAAAACAUACUUCUUAGGUGUCAUGGGAUCGAUUUCCAAGAAACACCCCAAACUGCAACAUCCUGUAACUUUUUUUUGCAAUUCUUGUGAUUUAAAUAUUUACUAAUUGAUUUUUUGUCCACCAGUUUUAAAUUAUUCUUUUUUUUUUUUAAUUGAUUUCAAUUAUAUUGGAUUUUUAUGGAAAUUAAAAAUUGUUAUUUAUGUUUAUAUUUUUAUUUUUACAAAGUUUUAAGGCAAAUACACACCGCACAAAAAUUAUCGCAUCACUCAUAUUUCUAAAUAUUUUAACCGUGUACUUUUUUAAAAACCUUUUUUUUGGUUUAAUUUAUAUUGCAACUUUGUAAUUACAUAAAUCAUUAAUAAAAUUUCUCAUUUUAGAAUCAAUAUGUACAGGGUAAAUAAGGAAUAUCAAAAACGGGUAUAUUAGAAUUUAUAUUGCAUCUGUUACAAAAAUUAAAUUUCGAAAAAUGUGGAAUUUUUUGAAAAAUACAGUUUUCUCAGUAUCUUGUAUUACCCCCCCUUGCCCUUAUCACAGCCAUCAUUCGCCUUGGUAAGCCUUCAAACAACCUAUGUAUGUAUUCUUGCUCCAUGUUGUUCCAUAUUUCGUUUAUUGCAUCUUGAAGUUCAUUGAGGGUUCUGAAUGGAGCUUGACGAUGCUGGAUCGCCCAACCUAAGUGCUCCCAUACGUGCUCUAUCGGAUUGAGGUCUGGGCUGCGAGCUGGCCAAUUCAAUAUAGCAGCAUUCACCUCCUCAAGAUAUUCCCGCACUAUCCUGGCAGCGUAUGGUCUGGCGUUAUCGUGCAUUAGCACAAAAUUUUCACCCAUAAAAUGGCCGUAUGGAACCACAUGAGAUUCUAGGAUAUCCCUUAUGUAUCGAUCAGCAGUCAUCCUACCACCAUUAACAGCUACUAACUCCGUUCGCCCAUGAAAAGAUAUUCCUCCCCAUACCAUUAUUGACCCACCUCCAAAACUUUCCCUUUCACGAAAGUUGCAUUGCUGAUAUCGCUCGCCUGGUCUUCGGUAUACUGGCAUACGUCUGUCUGAAGAGAACAAACAAAAUCUGGACUCGUCUGUAAAGAGGAUAUUGGACCAUUCUUCUAGACCCCAGCAUGGUCUCUAGCAAAUUGUAAACGGCAAACUCGAUGUUCUCUGGUAAGACGCGGGCCAUUGGCUGGAACCCUUGCACGUAUAUCAUGCUCUCGAAGACGAUUACGUACGGUCUGUACGCAAAUCCUAACAUUUCGGGCAGCCAAAAGGUCAUUUUGGAGCAUUCGGGCAGUGCAGUGUCGUGUUCUUAGGACUGAAAGUCGUAAAAAACGAUCAUCUAGAGCUGUUGUAAUUCUCGGAGGACCUUGGCCUUCUCUUCUAGAGUACCCUCCUAUGCCUUUGAACAACUCUUGAAAUGGUACUCUGCUGUACACCCAAUAAAUUCGCCACGUACCUUUGACUUCGCCCAUCUUCAAUCAGCGCAAUUACUCUGACGGCCUCUUCAUCGGUCAAAUGGCGAGUUAAACGUUGUGGGUCAGCCAUAGUAUACACCUCUAUCGUACAACUUAAUAUCAAAGCAGAAAACAUAGAAAUGAGCAGCAUAAUUGCAAAGUGGAAUGUAUGCCUAUGCGCAUUAUCCCGAAAAAAAAGUAAAUAAGAACCUAACAAAAGAAUAAACGACAUGUUUUUUGACUCGAGUUUAUCAGUUAAAGAAUGCCCAUUCAAGGAAUACUUGAGAAAUUUUAAAAAUAAAUUUACUGUAGCCAAAAUAUUUAAAAGCAUUGGUGAUGCGAUAAUUUUUGUGCGGUGUGUAUUAUAACGAGCAACGGGUAUUUCAUUAAUUUUCGAGGAAAGUUAAUAAUCUCCUGAAAAGUCUUAUGAAUUGAAAUAAAUAAUCUUAUUAAAUUCAAUUAUUGGCUUUCAACCACUUAAGAAAUAAUUAAUGUAUAUUAUGUAUAGUGUAAUUUGCUGUUAGAUCCAUUAGAGUUAGUAAAAUUGUUUUUAGCUAAUGCACAGCCACCAGGCUUACACCUUUUUUUUGAAAGGUUGAAAUUGAAUUAACAAAACAGAAUUAUUCAAAACUUAUAAUAUUAUAUUUAGAGUCCGAAUUAAAAAGGAUAAAAAAAGUUGAAAUAAGCACUUAAAAAGCAUAUAAUUUUCCACAAAAAAGCAUGGAAUAUGCAUGAACAAGGCAAAAAAAGCAAAAAAAUAAUAGUUAUUUGUUUUACUAGGCAGAAAAGUACAAGAUUUAAUACCUCGGCUGGUGUUUCAUAGCCGAGAAUAGGAAACCAGCCGAGGCAUUAAAUCUGCUUUUCUGCCAUGUAAAACAUAUAAUUUUUUUUCCGAAUGUUCAAAUUCACACAUGGAUAUCUUUUUUUUAUAUUCAUUUCAUUCAUUAUUAUUAUCCAAAUAAUUGAAUUAUUUUGACAAUUGUCAUUGUCACCAUCAAUUUCAAAAACGAAAUUGAGUGGAAUUAUUACCUGGAACGUUGUGAUACUGUCACUUUUAAUGCCUAGGCAGUAAAAGUCCACUUUUACUGCCUAAACAGUAAAAAUACAACUUUUGAUUCUGUCAAGUGUCAUUAAAAGGCCGCUUUUACUGUCAAUCGGAGAAAAAAUGUAUUGUUUAUCUAUAAAAUACAUAAUAAAAAAUAUAAUAAGCAAACAUUGAAAUAAACAAAGUCUCUAAUGAAUAAAAAAAAAAUAGUUAUUCUAGAAACAAGCAAUAACUAAAUGCUGACUUAAAUGUUCCAUAGCAAAGUUCUGUCUUCCGUCACAUAAGAAGUUUUUGUAGUCGGAAAAACUUCUUUCUACGUCGACACUUGUUAUGGGCGCAUAUUUAAAUUUUGUCACCACAUCUGGGUUCAUUUGUAACUCUUAGGGUCGGUUUCUCAAUAGCUAGUCAGAUCCGGGUUGGUUUUAACUCCAAGGUAAACUUGCCCAAAUGGAAUGUUCACUCUAGAAAUAUGCUUAACCCGGGGGUGACUUGAUAUUGAGAAACCGGCCUUAAUUUAGUACUUCCUACCUGCAGCUAACCAUCUACUUUUGGGCUGGGGUUUUACGCGUAUUAUCGAUUUUCAAAAGAGAAAAUAUAGCGGGCAAAACUUGCGAGACAGAAGGUUUGUUCAUUUGCGAUAUUGAUAUACUUUGGCAGUACAAAAAAUCUAAAAAAAAGCUGUAAAUAAGCACAAACCCAUAAAAUAAGCAUAAAAUUUGAAAAAAAGCAAAAUAAGCAUUAAAAAUAGUGCAUUUUUGAGAUUAUUUUUGUCUAAUUCGUCAAUAUUUUGAGUUGUCUUAUAUUUGCUUAUAAUAUUAACGAAAAUCAUAGUGCCUUGAAAUCCGGACUCUAAUUAUAUUCAAUGGUCACAAUUUUUUUUGCCUGUAAAAUUUAUUUGUCAGAUUAAAUAUUAACAUCUAGAAAAGUUUUAUAGUAAAUUUUUAAUUUAUCCAUUUUUUGCUUAAAAAUUAAAAUCCAAGUUUUCAUUAUCA